AUGGGCGCAGGUGGGAUUUUGCCUACUUGUGAAACUGCCGGAAGUCGGCCGCUAGGUAACGCUAAUGCCGGGCAUGUUCUGUUCUAUUGUGAUGGAAUACUGCGACUGCGACCGCGACGUGCGCCGGGGGAAAAUUCUCAAAGGAGUAAUGAAGAAAAAAUAGCUGUUUCCCAACCGAUUUUGCGGCCGGAGGAUUAUACCAACACACCGGUCCCCUGCAGACGUUGA